AUGUCGACGCCUUCGAGUUCAGACCAGAAAUCCACGGCAGUCUCUGACAGCAAAAACGAGCAAAUUACUGGUUGCUCGACCUACGCCUCCUUCGGGGAUAAAUGUGUCACCGCUACAACGAAUUCUCAUGGCCACUUGCUUCAAAUUACGCGCUACUUGAACAAUGAACCAUCCGCAUUUUGCUGUGUCGACCUCACUGGCAUCCUGACAUCACAUCGGUUUACUCAUCGUAUGCAGAAGCUACAAAACUGCUGUACAGACCCCAACAGCGGAGUGGGAGUUCGAAUCGAACAUUCUACAAAUGUCGAUGUUCACACUGAGAAGACAAGUGAAGCAGUGCCAAAACUAGAUUUCGUACAUGAUCGCUGGCCACACUUCGUUACAACAACACCAGAAUUUCAUCUUGAGACUCAAUACUUUGUCUCCGAGAAGACGGUGUAUCAGAUAUAUACCCUCAAGCUCCGCCAAGAAGUCAGUAUUGCGGAAACUACAAAUAUCAAAUUGUUCCUUCGAAACCUUAGCCUCAAGGUAAACAACGAUGAGAAGAAUUCCAAUUCGAACAAUAACGAUACUCAGGACUCUCACUACGAAGAGUAUUCCAAUCAUCUAUCACCUGAAAAAAACUACAUCAGGAGAACCCGCAAAAUUCGCAACACGGUGCCCGGUAAUCAGAAUGUUGUUGCUUUAUUUAUAACACCAUUCAUUAACAAGAGCCCUCAAAAAUUUCAUGUGGAGCCUAAAUCUGGGGAUUGCCACAUCAUUCUAGAAAACAGCGUCUUGAAAGAUUUGAGGAAUGGCAAAAAGGUGAAGGUUACCCUGGCAUAUCAACUGGAAUUGAUAUCUUCAGGAGCAACAGAGCCCAAACAUUCUGUUUCCUCUGAAUCUCUUUCCAGAAUUCAGACUGUGCUGAAAGAGCCUUCUAAAAUACCAGCAUUGACCCAGGAUGAUCGUUUCAAUGUUAAUUUGAGACGGAAUUUGGAGCAUAUCUUAUCCGUUUGCAGUAUUCCUGUCAGCUCUGAUGCAGAUGAAAAGAACCCUUCUAUUGCCCUAACAUGUGGAGAUAUCUCAGGGCAUAGAAUCUCAACAGAAGCAAGCUUUCACGCCUUUCAAUUCCUUCUUCUGACACUUGAGGAUAUAAACAAUAAAUCCCGAUGUGUAUACCAGUCUGAAAAUGACUCGAUAGAAGACAGUUACAUGACCAAGAUGAGAUCUCGUAUUCUUGAAGUAUGUCAAGGACAUUUAAAAUGGCUUAUUCGUGAGAACGCGAAAUCAAAUUCCGUCGUCUCGAGUCUCAACAACGCAGGCAGCGACGGUCCAAUAGUCGACGAUGAUAGCAAUCCCAGCUUGCUCGAGCAAUCACUCAUUAGUACAUCUUUUCAAAUCAUCAAAGCAGCAGAAUUCUGUCGAAUAGCCAUGUCGGACGUUUCGAAAGAAAAAAAACUCGAAUUUGCGAAUGAGUUCCGCACCAUUGUCAAAAAUUGGACUGCAGCCCUUGAUGGAGAAAAUAAAGGGAGCCACUUUGUGUUUCCAAAUCUGAGAGAAGAGAGAGAGCAACGGGUAUUCCAUCUCUCCGACCAGGCCAUAAUUUGGUGGGCUGCUAAAUCGGCAGAAGAACUCGGACUCGACUCAGAACUUCAAGUCAACGAAUCUUCUGGCACAUAUUCACGUCGAAAUAGAGCAAUCUACUCAUCUAAGGAGAUCCGGGCAAACCUUUUGAAAAGGUUCACAAUUGGGAACUCAACAUUUGAGAAGAGUAUGAUUGCAAUGUCCAGAAGCUCAAAUGAGACGAGAUUUCAACUUCAGGCCAAAGACACUGUUCUGUUUUAUGCCAUGGAUCUUGGGUUAUUUGAUCAGGACGAUUCGGCGGAGAGUACAUCCUGCAUCUGGCAAAACAAAAUCGAAGCUUGGAGAUGUGUUGUGGAUUACCAGAAAGAAUGUGAGCAUGAUCGAAUUGCACAUUGGGAUUGGGAACAGCCACUCCGUUGUGCAUUAGCGUUGAUUAUGGCGUCGAAAAACAAACAAAUGACUUUACAGGCGAUCCCGCAAGUACAGCAAGAAGCGAGAAAUGCAUUACUUCGAAGCUCUUCAGCUAAUGGACUAUUCUCCAGUCAUCUCGAUGAGAAUGAAAGGUCUGCCAUGGAUGAUGGCGAAGCUAUGAGUGAUAUCUUUUGGUCUACAACAUUUGAAGUGCCCUAUGUCAUAUUAAGGUAUACGGUGACCCGAUCGCCGAGCGAACUCCCGAGAUUGAGCAUCACUGCGACUACUCCGUCUCUGCAAGGCUCCAGCGUUUCGCCCUCCAUAUUAUCCACAGAGUCAACAACAUCUGACCCCGUUCGAGAAUUGAGCAGAAAUACAACGCCGCCAAUGCCUCCUAUUGAGAUUCUUAGCAGCUGCGAGAGCCCGCUGAUGAAGCAUGGGGUAUUAUUCACCAAUAUCAUCGACUUGGGGAAAAUUGUGGAAAUACCUGAUGAGUGGCUGUAUAACGAACCAAGAUUCUUUAAUUUUCACGCCACUUUAUCUGGAUUCAUCGUCGACGAGUUUUGUAUAGGGGCUUCUAAAGAGCAUGCCGAUGAAUCCUCGAAAUUCUCUUUAAUAGCAAACGUCAAACGCCUUUCGAACAAAGAGAGAAGUGAUAAACACUCAUCAGACAUUCACAAAAAUGCCAUUAUCGGAAAUCAUACUGGCAUUUGUGCUAUGAAAGUAAUGCAUGGAGCAGCUAUAUUAGACUAUCGGACGCGCGAAAGCGACCCGAUGGGCUAUGUCAUUGACGUACCCAGGACUGCGCGCCAUAAGAAGAAGAAAGAAUAUGAUUCAGUCGAAAUAUCAUCAAGCCUCUCUUUGAUCGAACACCUAAACACCAGGCGCACACCAACCCUCGCAAAGAAGAGGAUUUUCCACUUUUCUCGAACCAGCUGGAAUAUCGCCCUGAUAUGUUACCUUGCGUCUUCAGAGCCAAGGGAAAUUUCAUGCUUUUUCGAUAGACACGCAUCAUUAAGCCCGUAUUUCUUUGAAGAUACGAUAGGGACACUUAAUAAAUGGGUGACCGAGCUACAUUUGCCCUUUUAUCAGAUCCUUUCUCCUACAAACUCUUCCCAAUUUAUCAAAAGCGUCCUUGAACCCCGAAAUAAAAGAACUAUUCCUGUAUCAAAAAUGAUCCAUCUUCCAUAUUCAGACUCGAAAAACCCCAAGGGAGCCAAGAUUCUGAGCCGAGCUGUUAUUAGCUUCAGAUUUGAUGGAGAUCUUCUUGACCGCUAUUGGACAUGCCACCUGAUUGAAUAUAGGCCACAACAGAGGGAUGAUCCAAAAGAAAUGUCUUUUCAUAUUCCUACACAGCCUAUUAGCGGAGCUCUGAAGUCUAAUCCCUGGAGACAGCGCCGAGUUCUGGAACUUCUCUUGUUUGACAGGAGCCUACGAGAGAUAUUGAGGUGUACGGAAGAAAUCCUCAAUGAAGCAAAGAGCACAUUGAGAGCUGCUAAAGACAUCAGAAACUAUGGAUGCAGCUAUGAGGAUGAAGAAUGCAAGGCAGAGUUCUCGGAUAAUCACAAUCGAAGGGUGAAAGCGAGUAGGGACGUUUUCCGUUCUAACGAUUCGCUAUAUAAAAUGCAGGAAGUGCUCCAGGAGGUGGAGGAUGACUUGAGUGAAAACUUGGCAAAGAUGCAGCUGUGGAAAAACCGACAAAACGGACGUGGUCCUGAGAGGCCAAGAUGGACGCUGAAAGAUGAAUAUCGCUACGGCGGCGCCAUAUCAAGACUUCAAGCAUCAAAUAACUUCUACAUGGAAGAACUCGUCCGCUGCCGAGCCAAGAUCCUGGCUUUUAAUUCGCAACUUACAAGGGAAAUUGACGCCUCCCGCAGCGAUUGGGAGAUGCGCACCACCAAUAACGUGAGAUUGUUCACGUAUGUUACAGUUGUGUUUCUUCCAACCAGCUUCGCCACCGGCGUGUUCAGCAUGAGCGGAGUUCCUACAAUGCCUGUGAUACGUCUCGUUGUGAUUACCGCAGUUAUUGCACUAUUUCUGACCAUUCUUACUUUGAUCAACGCCAAGAAUUUGGAAAGAAUGCUGCGGUAUGUUCGAGAUGGGAUAUACCAAUUCCGACAUGGGUUAAUACAUUGUUGCUACGGAUUCAAGCAAUCCAUUAGUGAUGCGGGAAAGUUAACGCGUGAAAUAACCUUGGAGUCUGGGCUUUCCAUCGUCAACUUUUUCCUCCGCUGGUUGCAUAGGACGUACGAAUGGGCAAAUGAAUAUUCUGCUUCUGCACAGGAAACAAGGCCAACAUCUGUGCGAUAUUUACUGAUUUCUAUCCUUCAAGUCGCGCUCUCCUAUAUCAUCUACCGUCUCGCAUUCAAAAUAUAUAUGCCGCUUAGAGCAUUGACAAAAGCAAUAUUGUCAGAUGCAAAAGUAUACGAUCCUGUCGGCGACAUGAGCUUCAACGACGACCACCCAAUUCAGCAGGCUCGUUUUAACUAUCACAAACUAUCCGAUACUGCUUCAGGGGCGGACAGUGACCCUUUGAAGGAAGAUUUAGAAGAGUUAUUCGAUGACUUAGGUCAAAGGGCUACUGACCUAUUCAAGAGUUGGCAAGAGAGAUUAAAACCAAAGCUGGACGAUGCCAAGUCUCGAGAGGUGGGAAAUGAAACGAAUUUGUCGCACGUCUGUGAGACGAGUACAGGUACCGAGAAAGGCGGUUUCAGGGCGAAAUGGUCGUUGGUGCGAAGUAAAAUGGACGAUAUUUGGGACUAUUUAUAUUACAAACUCGCCUAA